AUGCAAGCGAUUCGCCGACUUACAGCCGGAACACUCGCCGGCGGCGCUGUUGGAACAUUCUUCGUCUCCCUUGACGGCUUCACGGAAUCGAAAAAGGCCAAGGCAUCCGGUGGCGGACCCCACCUUCCUACCUACGAGUGGGACUUCAACAAGUUCGGUAACGCCCUUGAUGCCGCUGCCCUCCGACGAGGCUGGUACGUCUACCAGAAGGUCUGCUCCACCUGCCACUCUCUCCAGUAUUUCUACUUCCGAGAGUUGAUCGGCAAGUCCCACACCGAGCAAGAAGUCAAGAAGAUUGCCAAGGAGUUCGAGUGCGUCGACGACACCCCCGACGAUGAAGGCAACCCCGUCGUUCGACCAUGCAAGCCAUUUGACACUAUCCCCAAGCCAUACGCUAACGAGAAGGCCGCGCGAGCCGCCAACGCUGGUGCCCUCCCCCCAGAUCUUUCCCUCAUCUGCUGGGCCCGAGAAGGCAACGAGAACUACCUCUACUCUCUUCUCACUGGCUACUGCGAUCCCCCAGCUGGUGUCCAAGUCGCUGAAGGCAUGAACUACAAUGCCUACUUCGCUGGUGGUGCUAUUGGUAUGGCUCAGCCUAUCUACAACGAAACUGUUGACUACAAGGAGAUGGGUGAUGACACUCCACCAUACAUGUCCCAGAUCGCUAAAGAUAUCGUCACCUUCCUGCGAUACUCCACCGAUGUUUCCAAGGAUAACCGACAACUCGCUUUGAUGAGAAUCCUUGGCCUCUUCGUUCCCGUCUUCUUCUUGGUCACAGUCGGCACCAAGCGAGUGUUUGCCUCUUCUAAGACCAUGAAGGUCGUUCGCUCUGAGGACUUGAGAAAGUUCAAGUAA